UCUUUCUCUCUCUAGAACAAAAAAGAGGACCGAGAAGAAAUAUAUAUACAUAUUAUAUACACACACACACAUCAGAUCUGUCUCUAUAAUCAUCAGUGUGGGAAAUAUAGGAAAGCUAUGUCUUCCCUAAGCAGAGAGCUUGUGUUUUUAAUACUUCAGUUUCUUGAUGAAGAGAAGUUUAAGGAGACCGUUCACAGGUUGGAGCAAGAAUCUGGCUUUUUCUUUAACAUUCGUUACUUUGAGGAAAUGGUGACGAAUGGAGAGUGGGAUGAGGUGGAAAAGUAUCUUUCCGGAUUCACGAAAGUGGAUGAUAACAGAUAUUCAAUGAAGAUAUUCUUUGAGAUACGAAAGCAGAAGUAUCUAGAAGCUCUGGAUAAGAAGGAUCGUGCCAAAGCUGUUGAGGUUCUAGUGAAGGAUUUGAAGGUGUUUUCAGCUUUUAAUGAAGAUCUUUUUAAAGAAAUAACACAGCUUUUGACUCUCGAGAACUUCAGAGACAACGAGCAAUUAUCCAAAUAUGGAGACACCAAAUCUGCCAGGGGUAUAAUGUUGGGCGAGCUUAAAAAGCUGAUUGAAGCGAAUCCUUUGUUUCGGGAUAAGCUAAACUUUCCAACUUUAAAAAAUUCAAGAUUGCGUACUCUUAUCAAUCAAAGUUUGAACUGGCAACAUCAGCUGUGUAAGAACCCGAAGCCGAAUCCAGACAUAAAAACUUUGUUUAUUGACCAUUCUUGUGGACAAUCACAACCUAAUGGGGCAAGGGCUCCGUCCCCUGUGAAUAAUCCAUUAAUGGGUGCUGUGCCAAAGCCAGCAGGCUUUCCACCUUUAGGUGCUCAUGGACCGUUUCAGCCUGCACCAGCAGCAGCUCUUCCUACAUCUCUAGCUGGUUGGAUGGCGAAUCCCUCCCCAGUGCCUCAUGCAUCGGCUUCUGCUGGUCCUCUUGGUUUCAAUCCUGCAAAUAACCCUGCUUUAUUAAAGCGCCCUAGGACUCCCCCAACCAACAAUCCUGCUGUUGACUAUCAAACAGCCGACUCUGAACAUGUAUUGAAGAGAACAAGAACAUUCGGCAUUUCUGAUGAAGUCAAUCAUCUGCCGGUUAAUAUCUUGCCUGUUGGUUACAGUGGUCAGAGUCACGGUCAAAGCUCUUACUCAUCUGAUGAUUUACCUAAAGCUGUAGUGAUGACCCUAAAUCAGGGUUCAGUAGUUAAGAGCAUGGAUUUUCAUCCAGUACAGCAGAUUCUGCUCCUUGUAGGAACAAGCACCGGAGAUAUCAUGAUAUGGGAACUCGGUAGUAGAGAAAAGCUUGCCCAUAAGAAUUUCAAGGUUUGGGAUCUUGGUGCUUGCACAAUGCCUUUGCAGGCCUCUUUGUCUAGUGACUAUUCUGCAUCAGUCAAUCGAGUUACCUGGUGCCCUGAUGGGACUCUAUUUGGCGUCGCAUACUCGAAGCAUAUUGUGCAGAUAUACUCUUACCAUGGUGGUGAUGAUAUCCGAAAUCACUUGGAGAUCGAUGCUCAUGUAGGCAGUGUUAAUGAUCUCGCCUUCUCUUACCCUAACAAACAACUUUGCAUUGUGACUUGUGGGGAAGACAAGUUAAUAAGGGUUUGGGAUGCAGUGACGGGAAAUAAACAGUAUACAUUUGAGGGUCAUGAAGCACCUGUGUAUUCUGUAUGCCCACAUUAUAAAGAAAACAUUCAGUUUAUAUUCUCGACGGCAACCGAUGGGAAAAUAAAAGCAUGGUUGUAUGACAAUAUGGGUUCAAGAGUUGACUAUAAUGCACCAGGUCAUUCAUCGACCACCAUGGCAUACAAUGCAGAUGGAACAAGGUUAUUUUCGUGCGGUACAAAUAAGGAAGGGGAAUCACACAUUGUCGAAUGGAAUGAAAGUGAAGGAGCCGUUAAGCGUACAUAUAACGGGCUCGGGAAGCGAUCCGUUGGGGUUGUGCAAUUUGAUACAACCAAAAAUCGGUUUCUUGCUGCUGGUGAUGAGUUUCUGGUUAAAUUUUGGGAUAUGGAUAAUGUUAACUUAUUGACAACUGUUGAUGCUGAUGGCGGGCUACCGGCUACUCCUUGCAUACGAUUUAACAAGGAAGGGCUUCUUUUGGCUGUCUCAACAAGUGAGAAUGGCAUCAAAAUUCUUGCGAAUCCAGAUGGGAUGAGGCUACUAAGAACCAUGGAGAAUCGUUCUUUUGACCCCUCCAGAGUUGCAUCUGCGUCUGUUGUAAAGAGCUCUGCAAUGAGUACAUUUGGUGCUGCUAAUGCUUCUGCUGGACCAAGCAUUAUGGAUAGAGUUACACCAGCGCCCUCAAUGGUUGCAAUGAAUGUUGACAAUCGGAGUUUGGUUGAUGUUAAGCCAAGAAUCGGAGAUGAGUCAAUGGACAAAUCGAGAAUAUGGAAACUGACAGAAAUCACAGAAGCAUCAGAAUGCCGCUCCCUGAGGCUUCCAGAUACAACAUCUUCGGCAAUGCGGGUUUCAAGGUUGAUUUACACUAAUUCAGGACUUGCUAUAUUGGCUCUAGCAUCCAAUGCCGUCCAUAAACUAUGGAAGUGGCAGAGAAAUGACCGGAAUUCAACUGCGAAGGCUACUGCCAGUGUUGUCCCUCAGUUAUGGCAACCGACAAGUGGUAUCUUGAUGACCAAUGUAAUUAGUGAUACAAACCCGGAAGAAGCUGUUCCGUGCUUUGCACUGUCAAAAAAUGACUCUUAUGUCAUGUCUGCGUCAGGGGGGAAGAUCUCUUUAUUUAAUAUGAUGACCUUUAAGACUAUGACAACAUUCAUGCCACCUCCACCUGCUGCUACCUUUUUGGCAUUCCAUCCACAAGACAAUAAUAUUAUAGCCAUAGGCAUGGAAGACUCUUCUAUUCAGAUAUACAAUGUCCGCAUCGAUGAGGUCAAAACUAAGCUUAAGGGCCAUAAUAAAAGGAUUACAGGCUUGGCCUUCUCUAAUGUGCUUAAUGUGUUAGUAUCUUCUGGCGCCGAUUCCCAGUUGUGUGUUUGGAGCACAGAGGGAUGGGAGAAGCAAACCAAUAAACACUUGCAAAUUCCACCUGGACGUGUUGCAGCCCCUGUAGUGGAUACUCGUGUACAAUUUCACAAUGAUCAGACGCAUCUGCUAGUUGUCCAUGAAACUCAGAUAGCCGUCUAUGAAGCGCCUAAACUUGAACACCCCAAGCAGUGGGUCCCUCCAGAAACUAGUGGUUUGAUUACACAUGCUACUUAUUCGUGCGAUAGCCAGUCAGUUUACGUGAGUUUUGAGGAUGGAAGUGUUGGUAUUCUUACUGCAUCAACACUCAGAUUACGAUGCCGAAUCAGUUCCACCUCAUACUUGCCAUCCAAUCCAAAUUCAAGGGUGUAUCCACUCGUGAUUGCUGCACAUCCAACCGAAGCCAACCAAUUUGCACUAGGACUGACUGAUGGUGGGGUGGUUGUACUCGAGCCACAGGAACCAGAAGGGAAAUGGGGCACCUCACCUCCACCUGAGAAUGGUGCUGGCCCAAGCAGUAUUACUGCAGGGGCAACAAGUACAAUCGAUCAAGCUCAGAGGUAACCUUUAAAGAUUGAAGAGUUAGGUACAGCGGUCAGUGUAGGCAGUGGAUACCUGGUACAUGUAGUGUUAUAGGCUACCUUUAGAAUCAGGUAUAGAUGGUGUAAAGCAAAUCUUAAAAGAUAUGUUCUCAAGAUGAUUCCGUCAAGUUAUUGUUUCGGAAGUGAGUUUAUUGACACCAUACAAAGUUUUUUUUAUGUAUGAACUUGAGUCGAUAUCAACCCUUUUUUAGUUUGAUUUUAUGGAAAUGUGACAUCAUAAUUAUUACUAUUUAUAAAUGCAUUAUUCAGUUGUUUCAUUA